AUGAGACUGUUCUUGUAUAAGGCGCUAUCGAAUCCAGUGUACAUUUGUCAUACCGAAGAAGAUCCUAUAUUAAGAGCUUUUCUAUUAUCGACCGAGCUUAACAAAGUAGCUACGUUCGAUAAAGAGUUCUAUCCCGAUUAUAGAGCGUUGUCCGAUGAGGUGUCCCAAUUUGCCACAGACUUGAUCGGAUGCGCUCGUACCUCUGAAGAAGUUGAAUGUGUACUAAGACAAAUAACCGGUUUUGGUCGUACUUGUACCUUCGUAUAUCCGCGACUCUUGCUAGCUUUGGAUCACGAGCAAAAAACCUUCAUAGCUCAUCCAAACGUACAACAGCUCGUCGAGAGCAAAUGGAUCGGUACGUGGCACGAAUGGAAGGUGAGAAGUACGUGGCUGAAGUGCCUGUCGGUAAUUCCGCAGAUGGUCAUGCUGCCGAUCAUCGCGUUCAUCGUGUUGCUCGCACCGAACUCGAAGCGAGCCCAGUUUUAUGAAAUCCCGGUUAACAAAUUUCUCUCCUCCGUGGCGAAUUACCUGAUAUUCCUCACAUUCGUAUUUUUGCAGUCGCGCAGCGACAAGAUCGAACAGCUUCGCGGGCCGCCCAACACUGGUGCCAAUGCACGCCUGAUUAUCUUCGAUCGAAGUCGGAUCUUAAUCGAGUAUUUGUCGUUUUAA